UCCCUUUCUCGUCCUCCGUACGGAGUAGAUAGUAGAUAUACGAGACCACGGGUGGUGGUCUACGUACCAUGUACGGCUCGGUCUUGAUCGCCCGACUCAGUAGUAUCCCAACCUGGAGAAUAAUAAUAGUUAUAGAUCGGAUCCAAUGUAUCUCGUAUCCACCGCAUCGCUUGCACGGCCACUUCCAUGCACAGUUCGAUCGGGACAUUGUCCCCUCCCUGCCCCUGCUCAAAUGAUCCGUGGUGACACCAAGGGUCAAGGGCGCUGGAGAGAAUCUCCCGCACAUGUCGGGCCAUCGUCAAAGCUUCAGAGGGCUCUCUUUGAUAAAGUUUUCUCAACCACCUGGGGUUUUGAUCUGUCUCGGCAUGGCUUCACACUGCUGCCAACGUGAUCCUCGUUCCUCUUUCGCUCGAGCAACAUGCCGCUGAAACUGCUCUGCCUCCACGGCUGGGGCACCAAUGUCAAGGUGAG